UUCUCGGUCUUGCCAUAUCUUAAUCGUAGCGAUCCAAAGUCUUUACGAUGACGCUGACAAAUGUUAGGCAUCGUUGAGAUUUGCCUAGAUUAUUUUUAAGUUUCGCUCUAACGGUCUAUCUAUUCGAAUUUUUGAACAGUCACGCGAUAAAAAUGGCAACCGCCUGUUCGCAAGAAAAGUCUGAAUUUUUCAAUCAAGUGGCGCCGCCAUGAUACAAACCUACGCCACCUACUGGUAACGUUAAAUGACGAGACAUGAAGAACGUGGCAGACUGGCAGAAGUGGCAGAACCAGGCAGAGCGUGUACUUGCGUUGGACUUGUCUCUCCAUUUCUGUGAGGAAACUGUGCAUAUAUGCAUCGAAGAUAAUUAGGAGUGGAUAAUUAUCAUUUGUCGAAAAAAAAUGGACGAUUGGCUAGAAAAAUUUGAAAAAAUGAAAAAGCAGUUUACAAUUGGUGAUGACAUGUUUGAAAUGCUGUACGAUUUCGAGAACAAAACAAGCGAAGAUAAACGAGCGAUAAUAAAUAUGCUACACAAAUUUGCAUCGUUCCGCAAGUGCAAAAUGGAGGCAGAGAUGAAGCGAUGCGAUAAUGAUUCAAAAGAGCUGGAAAAUAUAGUAGAAGAGGAAAAUGGAUCCAGUUUACGUUUGUUGGAGACAAACAUGGAGGAGAGCGGUUCCGAGACUCCACCCUCUGGUCAGCACGACACGAUCUCCGCCGUGGAUACGUCGAAUACGUGCAUUCUCACCGGUAGCAGAGAUGGUCUGAUACAAGGCAGUCACGCGGAGGAAUUGUGAUGGCGGUGCAAUUAUGAUAUAACAUUCCCAUUUUGAC